AUGGCCGGAAGUCAAAAGAAGUCCACCAAAAAGUUCGAGAAAAAACAUUUGAAAGACGUCCUCGAACGACGAAAGUCAGUUGCGAAGAUCAAACAGCGGAACCAUCUCAAAGACAAGCGCAAGGCUGAAAAUGCCAAGGUACGGGCGGAAAGAGAGGAUGAGGCGGAGGAAGACUCAGAGCAGGCAAAGAAGCAGAAUGCCUUUGCGGAAAUGAACGUCGACGAUUUCUUCGCGGGCGGAUUCGAUAUUGCCGAUGCCGAUGCCGAUGCCAACAAGGGGAAGAAGGCCCAGAAGAAGGACGUCACUCCUAAGACUGGAAAGCGCAAGCGCUCUGAGGAACAGAAUGGCGAAGAUGAAUCUUCUGCGGCUUCAGGUAGCGAUGACGAAGACGGUGCUGCAUCCCACGACGACGAAGAUGGUACCUCGGACAUCAGUGGACAUGAUGAUUUCGCGGCACAUAAGGAUCAGCUCGAAGCUUUGAAGGAAAAGGACCCGGAAUUCUACAAGUACUUGCAGGAGAAUGAUGCUGAACUGCUUGACUUCAGCGACCAUGGUGAUCUUGCCGAAGUCGACGAGCUAAGUGAAGGAGAGGACGAAGGACCCGCUAAAAAGAAAAAGAAGGCGGCCAAGCAAGAGGAAGAGGAGGAGAAGGAAGAGGAAAAUGCAGUGGACAACACGCUAACCAUCGCCAUGGUUAAGAAGUGGCAGAAGUUGAUGGAAGAACAGAACUCUAUUAGAGCCAUGCGACAAGCCGUUCUUGCUUUCCGUGCUGCAGCCUAUAUCAAUGAGGCUGAGGGUCAAGAGCAGAAAUAUUCCAUUUCAGACUCGAAUGUCUACCACCAAGUUCUCGUAACCGCGCUUAGCACUGUUCCGAGGGUUCUCUCGCAUCAUCUUCCAGUCAAGGAGACUUCUUCCGGCAAAAUCAAGUUGUCUCUCGAUUCGAAGAAAUUUAAGACCCUUACAUCCCUCAUCAAGUCACAUACAUCAUCCGUUCACCAGCUACUUACGAAUCUGUCCGACGAGCAAACACUAAAGCUGACUCUUUCUUCUAUCGAGCCUAUGCUUCCUUAUCUUCUACAGUUCAGGAAACUACUCAAAGUGCUAGUCAAGACUAUUGUUAACAUUUGGGCCGAUGUGUCUACCGCGGAAGCUACUCGGAUCACGGCUUUCCUUCUAUUGCGGCGAUUGGUGAUGAUUGGUGAUGCUGGAAUCAAGGAAUCGGUACUCAAGGCAUCCUACGAGGGUGUCGUGAAGGGCAGUCGGAACACGACCGUGCACACUCUUCCGGGCGUGAACCUGAUGAAAAACUCAGCUGCGGAGCUCUGGGGCAUCGACCAAAAUGUAUCCUACACCACCGGGUUUAACUUCAUCCGUCAACUUGCCAUUCAUCUCCGAAGCAGCAUCACCAACACUUCCAAAGAAUCUUACAAGACCAUUUACAAUUGGCAAUAUGUGCACUCUCUUGACUUCUGGUCCCGUGUACUCUCCCAGCACUGCGAUGGGCUUGUCGAAGCCAAGGCUGGAAGACAAUCCGCCAUGCGACCUCUCAUCUACCCCGUUGUCCAGAUCACCAUCGGUGCGAUGCGACUCAUUCCCACGGCCCAAUACUUUCCUCUCCGUUUUCAAAUGAUCCGAUCCCUCCUUCGUCUCUCCCGAGCCACGGGUACUUACAUCCCCCUGGCCUCCGCGCUUGUUGAAGUUCUCACUCUUACUGAGAUGCGCAAACCUCCGAAAUCCAGCACCCUCAAGCAACUCGAUUUCAACACCACUAUCCGCGCUCCGAAAUCAUACAUCCGCACCCGCGUGUAUCAGGACGGAGUCGGUGAACAAGUUGCUGAACUCCUAUCUGAGUUCUUCCUCCUGUGGACUAAGCAUAUUGCUUUCCCCGAGCUCUCCGUUCCCAUCAUUGUUUCCCUCAAGCGAUGGCUGAAGCAAGCCAGCUCACGCUCCGGAGGGAAUAAGAACGCCAAGGUUAACCAGAUGAUCCUACUUCUGGUGCAGAAGGUCGAGGCUAAUGCCCGCUGGAUCGAGCAGCGUAGGCUCAGCGUCUCAUAUACCCCCAGAAAUCGGGCAGAAGUGGAGACCUUCCUGAAGGAUGUCGACUGGGAGUCGACUCCGCUCGGUGCGUUUGUGAAGUCGCAGCGGAAGCUGCGAGAAGAGAGAGCUAUACUCGUCGAGAAAUCUAGACGCGAAGAAGAGAGACGAAGAGCUGAGGAGAAGGAAGCCGAUAAGGAGGAGCUGAUGGAUGGGGCAGCUAGUGAUGACGAUGACGAUGAUGGAAGUGAUGAGGAUGAUAAUGAGGAGGUGGGUUCCUCAGGUGAAGAGGGAGAGGAAGAGGAAGAAGAUGGUGAAGAUGAAGAUGACAUUGAAAUGGAAGAGGCCUAA